UAGUAUAUUAUACCCCAAAUUCAACCAUUACAAUUAUAUGUAGCAUAUAUAUAUAUAUAUAUAUACACACACACAGUGACUCACUCAUGAUUCCAUGUAUGGCUAACACUCCAAACAAAGCCACCAAAACAAGCUCCUCCGCCGCCGCCUCCUCCCCCUCCCCGACCUCAGGAAAACAUCCAAUAUACCGCGGAAUAAGGUGCCGCAGCGGCAAAUGGGUGUCCGAGAUUCGCCAGCCAAGAAAAACUACACGUAUAUGGCUCGGCACCUAUCCCUCGCCGGAGAUGGCCGCGGCCGCCUACGACGUUGCCGCCCUCGCCCUCAAAGGCGGCCAAGUCCCAUUGAACUUACCGGAUCACGCAGCCUCGUUUCCCAUCCCGGCUUCCUCCUCGCCUCCCGAUAUCCGCCGCGCUGCCGCCGGGGCCGCCGAGCUCAUGCGCCCCAAGGAGGCCGCCGCCGGUGAGGAGACGGCGGCGGAGGAUGCGAAAAUGGUGAGCGAAAUGCAUGCGUAUGUUGAUGAGGAGGAGUUGUUUUACAUGCCUAAUUUGCUUGUGGAUAUGGCGGAGGGGAUGCUGGUUAGCCCGCCUCGGUUGGAGACGUCGCCACCGCCGGAAGAGUGGCCGGAGAUUUUCGGCAGUGAUGGCUUGUGGAGCCACUUUUAGUAUAUAUAGGGAAAAAUGAAAUUGAAAAAAAAGAAGAUAAUUUUGCAUGCAUAAUUUGAUUUUGGAGGAUACGUUGAAUAGUGCAUGAUUAGAGAUUAUAUUUUAUUAAAAUUGAUAGGGUAUUAUAUUUAGGGUUGCAUAUCAACAACAAAGUAGAGCAAUUUCAAUUCCAAACCCUGAA